CGGCGGAGGCGAGGGAAGAUGGCGGAGUCCGGCGGGGCCGAGUCGCCUUGGAGCGGCCGAGCAGCAUGGCUGACAAGAACAGCGCCCUGAAAUGCACGUUCUCUGCUCCUGGCCACAGCACCACUCUCCUGCAAGGACUGGCCUCGCUCCGGGCUCAGGCUCAGCUGCUUGAUGUUAUCCUCACUAUAAAUAACGAAGCAUUUCAGGUUCAUAAAGUUGUCUUGGCUGCCUGCAGUGACUACUUCAGGGCAAUGUUCACAGGAGGGAUGAGAGAAACCAGCCAAGAUGUGAUUGAACUGAAAGGGGUAUCUGCGAAAGGACUGAAACACAUAAUAGACUUUGCUUAUAGCGCUGAAGUGACUCUCGAUCUUGAUUGUAUUCAGGAUGUGCUGGGAGCUGCAGUCUUCCUCCAGAUGGUGCCUGUGGUGGAGCUCUGUGAAGAGUUCCUGAAGUCUGCGAUGAGUGUUGAAACCUGUCUUAAUAUCGGGCAGAUGGCCACCACCUUCAGUCUCACGUCCUUGAAGGAAUCAGUGGACGCAUUCACCUUUAGGCACUUUCUUCAGAUUUCUGAGGAAGAGGACUUUCUCCACCUGCCCCUGGAGCGCCUUGUCUUCUUUCUGCAGAGCAAUAAACUGAAGAGCUGCAGUGAAAUAGACCUCUUCCAUGCUGCCAUCCGCUGGCUGCAGUAUGACCAGUCCCGCCGGGCCAACGCCAGCCAGGUGCUCUGCCACAUUCGCUUCCCGCUCAUGAAAUCGUCCGAGCUGGUGGACAGCGUGCAGACCCUGGACAUCAUGGUGGAAGACGUCUUGUGCCGGCAGUAUUUGCUGGAGGCAUUCAACUACCAGAUCCUGCCCUUCCGCCAGCAUGAGAUGCAGUCUCCUCGAACCACCAUCCGCUCAGACGUCCUGUCCCUCAUCACCUUUGGCGGCACCCCGUACACUGACAACGACCGGACUGUGAGCGGCAAAGUCUAUUACUUGCCGGACACCAACGUGCGUCAAUUCAAGGAGCUCACUGAGAUGGAGGUGGGCAGCAGCCAUGCCUGUGUUGCUGUGCUCGACAACUUUGUCUAUGUUGUGGGGGGGCAGCAUCUGCAGUACCGCAGUGGGGAGGGAGCUGUCGAUAUCUGCUACCGCUAUGAUCCCCACUUGAACCAGUGGCUGCGCAUUCAAGCCAUGCAAGAGAGCAGGAUACAAUUUCAGCUGAACGUCUUGUACGGCAUGGUGUAUGCCACGGGUGGGAGGAACCGGUCAGGGAGCCUGGCCUCCGUAGAGAAGUACUGUCCCAAAAAGAAUGAGUGGACCUACGUGUGUUCUCUCAAACGCAGGACGUGGGGGCAUGCUGGGGCCACAGUGGGAGGCAAACUGUACAUAUCGGGUGGAUAUGGAAUAUCAGUGGAAGACAAAAAAGCCCUGCAUUGUUAUGACCCGGCAGUUGAUCAAUGGGAGUUUAAAACCCCAAUGAAUGAACCCAGAGUCCUGCAUGCCAUGGUCAGUGCAAAUACAAGGAUUUAUGCCCUAGGAGGGCGCAUGGACCAUGUUGACCGUUGUUUUGAUGUAUUGGCUGUGGAAUAUUAUGUGCCUGAAACUGACCAAUGGACAACUGUGAACCCUAUGCGGGCAGGUCAGUCAGAAGCUGGUUGUUGCUUGUUAGAGAAGAAGAUCUAUAUUGUGGGAGGGUACAACUGGCACCUGAACAAUGUAACGAGCAUUGUGCAAGUGUAUAACACGGAAACGGAUGAAUGGGAAAGGGACCUGCAUUUCCCAGAGUCAUUUGCUGGCAUAGCAUGUGCUCCAGUUAUACUACCACAAAUAACAACCCAGAGAUAACCAUGUGCGACUGUGCUGUCUGUGAGCUCAUCUCUUGUGUUGCAUAGUCUUAGGACUGUGUGUUGUCUCUUUGUUGUUUGCAAAUAACGGUGUGUGUUUCAUUUGUUUGGGGGGGAGGGCGGGGGAAGGAAGGAGGAAAAUACCUUGCAUUCCCUUCUCCAGGAAAUCUCCUCCUCCUCUUAUGUAGCAUUCUGGCAGCGUGUUCCAGCAGAAGCACUUGUUGGCCAGUUAGACUUAACAUAUGCUACAGCUAGACAAGGCUUUUGUUGUUGUUUUGGGGGGAGGAUGCAUUUCUCUGGCUGCCCAUCUUUUUAACCAGGUCCUGGAUUGCAGACAGGGACCGCUUAGGAGUGUGUUAUGUACUGUGGGAUGUUUAGAUGAGUUCCGAUUUGAUUUCAUUAAUGUUCCCCAGUUCCAGAAGCUCGCUGGGCUGUGUCGAUUUGUAUCAUCUUGUUGUUUUUAACAAAUAAAACCAAACUCUUUCUACCAGACUGACCUCCAGAAGCAAUAAGGGGAUGCUGGGAACUAGACGAGAUGAAGUGUAUGGUCUUGGCUUCCCAAGAACGGAUUUUUUUCUUUCCUUUUGUCUAAUAGGACACAGGUUCUCUGGCCACUGAGGUCUGUGUUGAUUCUGUUUGCUCUUCACCAAGUGGGAUAGUUGAAUGAAGCUCCUCUUCCCACUCCUCCAGAUAACCAUGUAUUGUCCUACUCAACAAACCCCCCCUUCCCUUGGGGCACCCAACCUUUGCAACCUUCAGGGGCCAGGUUGGCAGCUCACCAGGAGCCGGAAUGCAUUGCUAAUUGAUUCUAAAUAUGUGUGAUUUUUAUAAUCGCCAACAACGGUUGUGACACAUCCCUGGCAAUAAGAACCUUGGAGCUGUUAGAGGCAGAAGGCCCCCAGGGCCCUGUUGACUGUGUCUUUCACAUCUCCUUCCCCUCUGAGCGCAUUUCCCCUCCCAUCCCCUAUGCAAAUUUACCCAAACUGGGUUUUUUUAAAUACUACCAAAGAGCCAGGUGGUGCUUGGCCAUUUGCGAAAAGGUUCCCCCACCACUCCAUUUAUGGAUAAGAACCGUCUGCUCCCAAUAAAACAGAAAUCUGUGAAAUGUAAAUUUCUGUUGCCCCCAAAUGUUUUAUUCUUUAACUCGAGAUUCAUUUUAAGAGGGCUUUGUGGUGUGUGAAAUAGAUUUGUGUUUUCUGCACAUAGAAGGUUAUUACCUCUCAGAUACGUUUUUUUUCCAGGUCAGCUUUCUAAGGAAAUUGACCUGUUGGAGCAUUGAAGUCUCUUCUUUUAUCAGGAAUUCUAUGCCAAGGGCUUCAUUAUCUUUCUCUUUUUUGGUGUAUGCAAAAUUUUGAGAAACAGUUAGGGUCUGGCAUUAUAUAAAUGCUGAGCUGUCACCUUUUAUAGGGUGUAUAAAACAUCUGUUUUGCUAAUGUAUCAUUGAUCAGACCUAUUUCUGCCCAAGUGAUAAAGCAUGAGCUUCAUAAUUCAAAUUCAUGUUGAGAUAUCUUUCUCUAAGACUUAAAUUCAGGUAUUUGAAGAAGUGAUACGGUAAGUAUGCAUGUUACCCAGCUAAGCCCCAAAUCUGACUUGUUUUAACACAAAUCUGGUGGAAAUUUAAUUCUCCAUCUUCAUUCUGUAUUUUGCCAGUGAUGAAUUAAUAAAAAUAAAGCCCCUGUUUGCUGCGGACGUACUAGAGACGCUGCAAAAAAGGUGGCGUACCAACGAACGGACAAAGUUUGAGAGGAAAUAAAUGUUAAUAGAAGCACUAAAGCAACAAAAGAGCAGAGCCCCUUUUAUUAAAGUAUUCUACCCCUGCAUGUUUAUCAGAAGUUAGUAAACCCCAAGUGUAAUCUGCCUUUUUUCCUGCCAGUUGCAAAGUCCAUGUAACUUUGUGUGGGUUUCCUCCCAGAGGAACACUUAAGGGCUCGUCCUAUUUUUUUUCUAACCUUCAUAUAAAUACUCUUUCUACACCAGCAAUGCAGAGCCAAAGAGCAGCCCUCUGAUAACAAAGCAAGGUGCAUAUUCCCAGUGCUCACAACUACCCUACGGUAAACAAACCAGAGAGUCUGCAUGAAGGAUGAGGUAGGAUCCUGGUGCUAAGGAAAAUUAUUUUUUUUCAUUUCAAGCUUUGACAGUGGUGAUUAAAUUGUUGCAGGGAAAGACAAGAGGAAUAUACAUUAGAAAUUAUGAAAAAUACAUUCUUGAGGUCCUUUUAAAAUUACCCUUAUGGAAAAAAAUCAGUUGGAAUUUCUCUUUGGAAGGGUGACUACCUUGAUAGUAGGAUAUAAAAAGCCAUUCCGAAGUGGGCAUUAAUUAAGCACACUUACUGUAGCUUGACACUUACCCACUGAACUAGCCCAGUCACCGUACUCCCCUUCCAAUUCUCCAUGGAAUCUGUGCCAGGGUGGCUUUCCUGAUUCUCUAGCUGGAGACGGCUGGCAGAGCAGUGCUAUGCACCAUCUGUGCUUUAAUGGAAUGUUCUUUUUAUAGAUCUAUAUAAAAAUAAAAUUAUUUUUCAUAAUGUUAACUUUCAGAAUUCUAGUUGUUCUUAAUUUAAAAGAAAGUGGCUGAACUCUUGUGAAAAUGUGUAUCUUGCCUACCUGUAAUAAAAGUUGUUUUACUCAUGUAAAAUACAUAGUAAUGGCUCUGAACUGUUAUAUACCUAAGCUCUGUUAUCCUGAAAAUAAACUGGGUUCUUUGCUGGAUAGAAGCUACUUGAAUGAACACAGGUCUCCAUUACAAUAAUGCUGCUUUGUUUCUCAGAUGCACAAUUCAACAACUUUGAGUCUUAAAGGGACUCAGUGAGGGCAAAAGGUUCAGCUUUCCCAUAUGGAUUCUUCUGUUACGAGUCUGUCAUCUGGGAUUGAGUUUGCUUGGAAACCAUCUUCCUAUGUACAAGUAGCAUGGACCUGUUUGGGUGCAGAUUUCUCCUUCUCUCCUUUGCUCUGACCUCACUGGCUUUGUGCCUGUUGUUUGAUACCAUAGUGAUGGGCUCAGUAGAAAUACGCAGAUAGAUUUGUCCAGAAUUCAUUUUGGGGAGGGAAGGGGUGUGAAAGGACUCGCUUCACUUUUUGUUUUUUUUGUAGAACUCCUUACUGACUACGUUUUGCUGGGGGAGCUGCACUCGGCAUGGGAUCCUCUCCCCUGGAAGAAAGAACAAAGCCAAACAAAUGUUUGCUUGCAUUCUGAGUCCUUUGUUAGAUUCAAAGCAGCA